CCCCCGCGUCCACUCCACGUUUGGCCGCCCGCCAGGGAGAUGUCCGGGAAGAGCGCACCUGCGGCGGCGCUCGCCGAGGACACCUGGAUCCCCGUGGAGAAGGGAGGCGGUUCCCCCGCCGCCUCACCCCCCAAGAAGAAGAAGUCCAAGUCCGGCUCGUCUAGCCUGCGCAGGGCCUUCAGCUGGCUGCGGGGCAGGCGGAAGAAGAAGCCGAAGGGCCCUCCUGGUGCGCCCCCUGCGGAGGGCAAGAAGCACGACGAGCGCCACAAGGGCAAAGGGGCUGCCAAGGCUGAAACCGAGAAGCGUCUGAGUGUCCAGUACAAGGCAAGGGAUGAGCGGCCUGACAAUGUUUUCUUCCCCAGCAACCGACCUCCACACCUUGAGGAGCUACAUAUCCAGGCCCAGGCGGGGCUCAAGUCUUUGCAGAGCCAAGAGAAACACAAGCAGAGCAAGAGGGUCUGGGACCACAGCGACACCAGCAGCAUCCAGUCUUCCCGCUCAUCCACAGAGGGUGACGACCUCUCGAUCCGGAGUCAGACCCCAUCAUGUGCCACGGAAAGCACCUCCGAGGAUGCCCUCUCGGUCCGCUCAGAGAUGAUCCAGAGGAAAGGCUCCACCUUUCGGCCACAUGAUUCGUUCCCCAAAUCCUCAGCGAAGGGCGAGAAGAGGAAGAAAGAACGGAGGACUACUGUUCUGGGUCUCCCCCAACAUGUGCAGAAAGAGCUGGGCCUGAGCAACGGAUAUGAGGCGAAGAAACGCCCAGGCAGCAUUGCUGUCCGACCUGAUGCGACCCCUCCGGCCCUCUCGAAUGGUGGCGAGGUCCACGGCAAUGCCAUCCACAUCCCCACCGUGGACGGGAAACUACGGCCCACCGCCAUCCCCAAGGGCGGUGCCCGUGUCUCCCUGCAGGCCCUGGAGGCUGACACUGCCCUCCAGCGCCACCUCAACUGCGUCUACUACGAUGACUCACUCCUGGGGCGAAAGACGGCGGCGAAGCUGUCCCCCUUGGCCAGGCCCAAGUCUCUGGCUGUGCCCUGGAUGACCACCCAGCCAGGCUCCCCCGAGCUGCUGGGCCCCGUCAUGUCCAUCUCUCCGCAGGGCACCUACCUGUCGAAGAUCAUCCCCAAUGCCGUCAUGCCUCCCAUGGUGGAUGUCAUCGCCCUCUCACGUAACAAGGUGCGCACGCUGAGCCGUUGCAGCCUCUCGACUGCUAGUCCAGCCUCCGUGCGUUCAGUGGGACGCUUCCCUUCCGGACCCCGCAGCCGCGAGCACUCCUCCUCCAGCGACAACUGGAGCCAUUCCCAGUCCACGGAAACCAUCGUUUCGAACACCUCCACCAUCUCCUCACACGGGGGCACUGACGGCAGGAAAGGCGAGGCCAGGCCCGACGGAGAGGUCCGGGCGGCGGCUAGGCCUGACUUGGACCAGCUCAGUAACUUCAGCUCGGUGAGCGGCACCAGCUCAAACUGCCUUGGCGGCAAGGCCGCCCCCGCCUCUCCCCACCUCCUUGGGGUGCGGCCCCCCGGAAGCAGCGGGCGGGCCUCCCCCGCCUACAGCACCGGGAGUGCAGCGGAGGGCUCAGACAGCAUGAGUGUGCGGAGCGACCGUUCCUCCACCCGCAGCGUCUCCCUCAGGAAGAUGAAGAGAGCCCCCGCACCCCCACGCAGGACGUACUCCCUGCACAAGAAGGCUCAGCAGCUGGAGGCUGAGGGGGCACCUAGAGCAAUGGGCCUGCCCCCCAUGCCAGAACGCAGGCCCCCACGGGAAGGCAGCGAGGCGUGGGCUGCGGGGCGGCAAGGGAGCCCCAGCCUAACCGGGGAUGACGAAGUGUUCUCCCCCUCCUCGCAGAGCGAGACCAGCAGCCUCCGUUCCGACAGCCUGGCCUGCUCUCCUGAAAUCUCUCACCGGAGCCCGAGGACCAUCCGAGAGGAGGGGCAAGUGGGCGAGACGCCGGAAGUCCCCUCGAAGCACAGCUCCCCCGACCACUUUGGCCGCACGAUGUCGCCCUCCAGUGGGUACUCGAGUCAGAGCGGCACGCCCACCCUCCACACCAAGGGCCUCGUGGCCCACGCCUCGCCCUCCGGGAAGAAGAGGCCCCAACCAAAGAAGCCGGAGCGGGUCUGCUCCCUGCAAUCCCCGGGGCCCUCCGUCUCAUCCUCCCUGACAUCCUUGUCCUCCUCUGCCUCGGACCAAGCCGCUGUGGAGGGGACGGCCCUGCCUUCAGCAGGACCCUCUGCCAACACUGCCCCCGCUCUGAAUAAAAUGGACAGGUUCCUUAUCCCUCCUCACCCCAAGGUGCCAGCUCCCUUCUCCCCUCCACCCACCCAGGGCCAACUGGUGGAACCCAAACCUGGCAGUGCCCCGGCGGGCCAACCCCACCAGCAGCCCGCUGUCCUCACGAAAGCUAGUUGCAGGUCACCUCCUCCAUCGCCCCCUCCAGCCUACCACCCGCCACCACCCCCAGCAAAGAAGGCCAGUGCCAUUCCGGAGGCGCCUGCUGCCCCUACACCUUCUGAGACCGUGCCGGACGCUCCUGUGGAUCCUCUGUGGCCCCCUCCGCCCCCACCCGUGCCCGACGCCCAUGACCUCUCCAUGGCCGACUUUCCUCCCCCGGACGAGGCCUACUUUGUGCCGCCCCUGCCAGAGCCCCAGCUGCAGACUGUGGGGACACCCUCCCUUCAAGUCACAGUGGCAGCUCCUGCGGAGAAGGAGCAGCCAGCCAACCAAAGAGCAGCCCUUGCGGAUGAGGGCCAAGCGCCUGCCUCUUCGCCCUCCUUCUCCACGAGAGUGUCCUCCAAGAUCCAGCAGCAGGGAGCGCCGGACGCCGCACCACUGCCAGCUCCUCAAGCAGAGCCGCCGCCACCUCCCAAGUUCCCCGCGGCAGGAGACACCUCCCUCCACUGGAAGCCCGCGAUGCCUGGCCCGGCGGCAACAACCUCCAGCCUCCAAGCCCAGCCCAGCCUUAAGAAGCCUGCCGCUAGCGCCCACCCCGACCUCAAGAAAGAGCCGGCGUCUCGCAGCAAGAGCAACUCCACGCCAAAGGAGGACGCCAGCCUCCCCAUUGUGACCCCUUCCCUGCUGCAGAUGGUCCGCCUGCGCUCGGUCCACAUGGACACCCACGCGCCUGCUGCGAGCCCGGCGGCAGCCAACCCCGUGGUGGAGCAGAAUGGGCCGAGCACUGGGGUCAGCGGGAAGCUGGGGCAGCCUGCCCCACAGAAGCCUGUCCGCAAGUCGCUCUCCUUGAGGGCCCCGAAGGACAGCAGUAUAUCUUCAAACCCCCUGCAUGAUGCAGUGCGCCUGAAGGCCUCCACGUUGUCUUCCAGAGAAGCGCCGGGCCUCAGAGGGGCUGAGAGGAAGGCUGGCCACCGGCUGACGCUGCCGGCUUUCCCCACCGCAGCAGCUGCUCCCACCGGCGAGGCGAAAGAGGACCAAGUGUCCCCCCACCACAAAUCCCCGGCUUCGACGGCCAGCUUCAUCUUCGCCAAGAGCCCCAAGAAGCUGGUCAUCGACACCUCAGCCUCCCCAGAGGCCCAGGCCAACCUGAAGAAGAACCUGGUUGCGGAACUGAUGAACAUCUCUGGUCAGCGGUCCACAGCAGCCCAGGGGCUCCCCCAGCAGGGCUCAGGAAAUCCCCAGGCCCGGAAGAUCCCUCCACCCAUAGCCAGAAAGCCCUCACUAGGGCCAGGCCAGCUGCCGUCUCCCCGGAGCCCCAAGCUAGCAGGAGCUGAGGAGUUGAGCUCCACCCUGCCAGUGGCUGGGGACAGGACUAAGAGUGAGGGGUCUGGUCACCAGGCCACUCUCCUUGGGGAUAGCAGUGACAGCCCCCCGGCAGGGCCUGUGACACCACUGCAGAGCCCCCAAGCACAAGAUUUACAGGAGGAGAUGGCGUGAAGGGAGACCCUGCAGCGUGGUUGCCCCUGAAAUACAGGAAUUAAAAAUAAUUAACACACACAGAAAGAAAGAAAGAAAAAAUCUCAGGGACCUGAGCAGGCCAGAGGAGGUCCUGGAUGCGACGAAAAGGAAGACAAAACAGCCUUAGCCUCUGAUGGCCUUGAUAUUUAUGCAAAAAACGUGUUGGUUUCA